AUGUCGGCAAUGGUAAUGGCGCCGCCACCAAAAAGCCCUUUGGCUCGUUACCGCAUCCUAUCCCCGACGGCCAAUGUCCGAGUUAGCCCCCUGUGCCUGGGGGCUAUGAAUUUCGGUGUGGCCUGGGCCGAUCAGAUGGGUGCUUGCGACCAAAAGACCACAGAAGAAAUCCUUGACUUCUUCUACGACCAGGGAGGCAAUUUUAUAGAUACUGCUAACAAUUACCAAGCCGAGCAAUCUGAAAAGUGGAUUGGAGAAUGGAUGAAGAAGCGUGGUGUCCGUGACCAGAUGGUGAUCGCUACCAAAUAUAGCACCAGCUACAAAACGGACUAUGGGGAGAUCAUCAUCAACAGUCAAGGCAAUGGGUCCAAGAGCUUACACGUGUCUGUUAAUGAGAGUUUGAAAAAGCUGCAGACGGACUAUAUUGACUUGCUAUAUGUUCAUUGGUGGGACGGCAGCACAUCAAUCCCCGAGCUUAUGCAGUCGCUUAACCGUCUCGUGCUAGCAGGAAAGGUCCUCUAUCUCGGAAUUAGCGAUACACCGGCCUGGGUUGUGAGCAAAGCCAACGAGUACGCUCGCAAUCAUGGAUUGCGCCAAUUCAGCGUUUAUCAAGGUCGAUGGUCGGCUGCCUCGCGUGACUUCGAGCGAGAAAUCAUCGCCAUGACCAAGGCCGAGGGGAUGAGCCUUGCUCCGUGGGGUGCGCUUGGCGGAGGCAAGUUCAAAACGGAAGAGCAGCGCCAGAGGAAGACUAUUGGGCGCGCUGGUGAUGUUACUGAGACGGAAAUCAGGGUUAGCAAGGCCCUCGAAUCAGUAGCUAUACGCAGGAACACCAUCAUUACUAGUGUGGCUCAAGCGUACGUCAUGCAUAAAGCGCCGUACGUCUUCCCGAUCAUCGGCACAAGGACCAAGGAGCAUCUCAAGGCCAACAUCGAGGCUCUCACAUUGAUUCUUGAUGAUGAAGAUAUCAGGGAGAUCGAAAGCGCUGUUCCCUUCGAACUCGGUUUCCCCAGCUCGUUCUUAUAUGGCCCCCAGCUGCCCGACCACCCGGGCAAGGUGUGGGUGUUGAACAUGGGAGGUACAACUGACUACGUCAGCGAGCCGAAGCCCAUAACACCGAAGAAAGCCGGAGAGUAG